AGGUGGAAGUUACUAAAAGAUAGAUUUAUGACAAAAUUAUAUAUAAAACUAAUAUUAAAAUAAGUGAAAGAAAUUUCUUAACAAUAUAUGUAUAUAUAUGUAUAGAUACUACAGUGUAAAAUCUUCAUAGAGCAAAAAUGGAGAUUAUGGAAGAUGGGAAUUUGGUCGAUCGUGUAAGGAUUUUAUUACAACGAGAUAUGCAAUAUUACCAGGAAAUGCAAACUGUUCUGAGGGAACCGCUAUGCCUACGCAUCAGCGGCGGGAAACUCGAUUUUCCACGACAUGCUUCGUUCGCCGCGAUAAAGAUCGUCACAUGGUGGGAAGCGGAUUUUGUAGCCGCUUUUAAGCGCGCUUCUGGUUUAAGCGCCACCGAAAACGGCGCGUCCAGCGUCGACAGCGAGGACAGUGUCAUUAAACGGAUCCAGCCGUCCGAUUUUAUUCUGCUCGUUGUCGACACCGCUGAACAAUUGCUAGAACAUCUGCACAUGUUGAUUCAAGAAUCCUUGGAUCACGCCGAUCUCACUGUGCUCACCGCCACUUUGGGCGCAGCAGCACUGAUACGAAAUUGCUUAUGGUGUUACAAUCAGCACGCCAAAGGAACGAUUUCUUCUCAAUCAAGUGAAAAAAUUAAUAAAUCUCACAAAGCAUUCCACGAGAUGGCUGAAGCCGUGGCAGAGAGGUUGCUCGAUCUACACUGUAGAUUAAUUUCCUUGUAUAUCCUUAACGAAGCUGACUCUCUCAGCUGGCACAGCAACAAACCAUUCUUUGAAAAAGAGCGAUGCUCCUACGUUAUACAGAUGUGGUGGCUGUAUAUGCAAGGUACUAAGGCGGAUUUAUGGAACACAGUCUCGCCUAAGAUGGCACAGCGUGUAUUUUCAGAAAUGCUAAACGAGUCUCUAUCUAUCAUAGCGACGCGAUUCAUUCAUGGUCGACCGACAGUAGCACGAUCCGAACAAUUUUGGUCGGAUGCCUUUAAUGUGCUCUGCUGUACGGGAUAUCUAGCUUUAGGCGCAUGUGUCGAUGGCGAUGGAAUGAUAGGUGCACGACCGAGUAAUUUGCCGACAGCGAUAAGAGAUAUACAUGCAAAAUGUAAUGAAUUAUUAAUCUGCUUACUACUUAGGGGCACUCCUCUCAAAGCAUUGUAUCAGAUCUUUCGACACGGAUUGGAAAAUUUGGCGAUAUUGCGACCGCGAUGCAGUCCGGCCCCUUGGCUAUUAAUAUGCGCUCCAAAUUUAUUAGGAUUAGACGCGAUUGAUUCUCCAAUUGAUAUUACAACAUUAUCCGAGGACAAAGCUGUCAUUCUUGAAUUGAAUGUCAUGAGGCAUCAACCUCAACCUAGCUGGCCUCAACUGAUGAAAGUGAUAUCGAUGAACGAUUACGUCGUGGGAAAGAUGCUGCUAAAGACUUUAGUACGUCAAAACGUGGGUUUUACGUCCGUGGACGAGUGCGAUACACUUGAUAAAUCGAAGAAGGGUGAAAAGAGUUGCGGUGGUUUUUUAUGUAAUGGAUCAGCGUGCGAUAAAUCGUUAAAAAUAACUUCGGCUUUGGCAUUGUACAGUUUAUCUCACAUAUUAGUAAUAACCGUUAACGAACCGGAACGUGUAAUUAUACCCGCAUUGAAGCAGGAUCCGAACUGGUCCAAUUAUCUGGACAGACAACAGGUCUGGAAUCAGUCGAGGACACCCUGGCUCAACGCAUUGAUAAAGCCUCUGAAGAUCAUGAUGCAACCGGUGGUCGAGGUGCUUCUGGAAGCUGCGAAAACAGGUGCCAGCAUAUAUCAAGCCAUGUCAUUGGCGAUCGGUUGCUUCGCCGAGUUAUACGUGACGGCCUCGACUUCCGUUUUGCGCGCGGCCUUUGCGCUCAACGAUAACAUUCCUCUGUACUCCGGCCUCCUGGACGUGUCCGCGAAGAGCGAAAAGAACGAUGUCCAUGGUACACCGAGUUCCUCCGGGGACACGAGCGAGUUGAGCCCCUUCAAUCCUUACGAUAGGUCGACCGCCGCCACGGCGCUCGCCGAGGCGAUUUGCAGCAUCGACGAGGACAACAAGCACACGGCACAGAUAGACUCCUUUUUGCUUCUUGUAAAGGACAG